AAACAAACUAAAUUAAUAACAUACAAAUGAUUCUAUGUUUCGCACAUAUUUAGUUGCCUUUUUACAUAUUCAUAUAGCAAUAAAACGUUUUGUUCAACCGUUCAAAGCAUAGAUAUGUAGCCAAUCUAUGGUUCAAACAAACCCGCGUCUGUGAGGUUGUUGAUUGUUGCUAUGGUGAUACCGGGGAGCUCUUCCGGGUCGUGCAGUCGUGUUUACGAAUAAGCAGCUCUGCAUUACAUAAUCUCUCAUCGAUGUUGUAAGCCUUCGCUUCACCCUCUUGUUACAGCUUUACUGCGGUACUUUAUACAUCAUUAAUGGGUCCAAACAGGAUCUACAUCAGUGUGGGUUAUGCCACGUUCGGCAUGUUGGUGGGAUUUUCGGCGUUUAUCGUGUGGAAUGUGGUUUAUAAACAGCCAUGGACGGCGGCGAUGGGCGGAUUAUCAGGAGUUCUGGCACUCUGGGCAUUGGUCACCCACAUUAUGUACAUUCAGGACUACUGGCGCACAUGGCUGAAGGGACUCAAGUUCUUCAUGUUUGUUAGUUCGGUCUUCUCCCUCCUGGCGAUUGCUGCUUUUGCCACCUUCAUAGCUUUAGCUAUUAUAGAAAAACAGUCAAUAACUGACCCCAAGAGCUUCUAUCUAUCAGCCGUGUGGAGCUUCAUGACUCUUAAAUGGGCCUUUCUGCUGGGCAUGUACUCCUACCGUUACCGCCAGGAAUUUGCUGACAUCAGCAUCCUCAGUGACUUUUGAUUGGCUCCUUCGUCUGUAAUAGAUUUGUAGUUGCCAGUCAGUGGCUUCACCUGCCAAUGUGGAGAUGGAAGGAUGGAUGGAUGGAUGGAUCUCCUUUUUUAAAACCGUCUUACGGCCUCCUUGCUUUCACAGAAAAGACUCAAAUCUCAGCCCCUCCUCCCCUCAGAUCCGGGCCCUGGAGUAAGAAGUCAGUCAAUGUCUGUGAUCUGCCUCUUUCCUGUCUUUUUGAGUUAAUUGGAGGUUUUACAUUGACAUUGGACAAAGGUAUGUCAAGUGUUUCUAAGGAAGUGGAUACACUAGGAUGUGGUCACAGGUAGUUGUUACUUUACUCAGGGCAACUUCUCUCCAAAUGUCAGAUGUGAAACGAAGGCUUUCCUUCACUUUCAGAAGAAAAAAAAGUGCAAAAAUUGUACUUUUAGGGGUGCAACCGCUUGUCAUUGGGGCAGUAUACCUUGUCUCUACUCCUUUAUAAGGGUGCAUAUCAGUACCUGAGAGUGAUAUGUAUUCUUAGGGUACCACUAUAAACCAUUUUGGGAGAAUAUGGUCCAAAAGGCUCACUUUGAAGAGACUGCUGUAGUGACAAGGUACAAUUUUUGCACUUUUUUUUUCUUCUAAGAGUAUUGAAUGAGUGUAUGAUGAAGGAUUUGCACAGCUUUAUCUAGUGGUCUCAGCCAGCGAUGGUGGAAUUGACUUUGAUUUAAUGUUACAAUUGUUUUCAGACAUGUUCUUUAUUAUUUGCCAUAUGUCAUUUCUUUUUAAAUGUUGUUUAAAUGGUGUUCGGAACUGCAUACUACCAUACUAGUAAUUCUGCAGUAUGUACACUAGCAUUUAAAAGUUAAGGUAAGAUUUUUUUUUUUUAAUUUAUGAAAGAGGUCUCUUAUGUACACCAAGGCUGCAUUUAUUUGGUCAAAAAUACAGUAAACAGUAAUAUUGUGUAAUGUUUUAAAUAAAACAUUACUUUCUUCUGUGUAGUGUAUACUACGAUACAUCUGAACAGUUCUCCCAAAAUGUAUGCACAGGACACUAUAUCUCACAAUGAAGUGCACCUAACUUUCCAUUACCAACAUGAUGAGCCCUAAUAAUAUCAGCCCCUUUUAUCAUGUUGACUCGUUAUUUGAUCAGACUACUAAAAGUAAAGACAUGCACAAUAGCCAAAAUGAUGGAUUAAUAUUAUGCAGUUCCUCUGUUUGCCACUAGUGGGGAUGAUUGAGCAAUUGAAUGAUUUACUAACUGGUGCUCAGUCCUCCGCAGAUAUGUUUAGUUAUUUUCAUUAAAUUGUAUUAAGUUAAAACCAUGAGCUGAAUUCACCAUAUUUUUGAAUACUAAAUAUGUUAUGUCAUGUGAAAUGUUAUUUUUGGAUUAUUUUUCUUCAAGAUAAUCUGCCAGACAAAACAAGUGUUUAUGUUUUAAAAUUCAUGUUUUGUUUAUUUGAGGGAUGAGCGCUCUGUCUGUACGUGUGUUGAGCAGAUGUUAAGUGUGGUCUGAUUUAUUGUAAUUUGCAGAUGUUAAAGGAUCAGUUAUCCCCAAAUCCUGUCAUUUAUUCACCGUCAUGUCAUUUAAAUCCAAAUUUUUAUAGUAAAAAAAAAAGAAAAAAGAAAAAUACGAGCAAACCAUACAACUCAUAUAAUAGCUUUGUAUGAGAAACAAACUAAAAUUGUAUUCAUAAUUAAAUUAAUUUAAUUAUGAAUAAAAUUAUAUUGAUGUUGAUGGUGAGUAAAUAAUUUUUGAAGUCUUUUGAAAUUUUUAGGAGCCAAAAAGUAACAAAAACUGAUUACUUUGCACUAGAUUGCAUAGAAAUGUUAAAUGUAUUAUUUGUUUAAAUGAGUAGAAGGUGUCGCCUUCAAAAUGCUGAACUUUUACCAACAAUGUUUCACUAUAUAGCAUGUAUGUAAAGCAGUUUUGUAUAUUGCUUUUAACCAGCUGUACACAGAUUCAUCACUGAUUACAGUUAUACUACCUGCAGCUUAAAACUUUGCACAGUAUGUGUUAAAUUGGGACAUUUGAAGGGGAUUAAAGUACUGUUGUUUAACUUUA